UGAACUUUCCAAUGUUCAUAGACACAACGUUUUGGAACUACCUCUCUGAUUCCUGGAUGUCUGGGAACAACAGUGACGAUAUGACGGAAACUCUCCUUCAAAGGGUCAUGUCGGCUGUGGCAAGUUUGGGCGAAGGCAUCGAAAGGAGCCCGCUGUGGCCCCAUGUGGGCCGCUAUGUGCACAUGACCUCGUGGAUCCUGAACUACAAGCCUGGCAACACAACAGAGCCGGCACACUGUUCCUUUGAUUUGCAAACCAUGGAUGUGUACUGCAAUGCUAAUGUGGACUGGCCACAGUUUGUUCAAGUAGCCACACAGACUAUGCUGUCACUUCCAACACAGCCAGAGAUUUUGAUCAGAUGCCUCAAGGGAACAUUGAGUCUACUGGAACACGUCUAUGGUAACAUCUUGAGAGGCCUGAUUGCAUUACACAUCCCAAAACAAAUACCUGGGGGUGAUGCACUGUCUCACUACAUGAUCAACCUGGUAGAACAACUGCGUGGCUUUGCACUAAAUCUAACCAACCUCAAGGACAGUGACAUUUCCAACCCUGAUAUAAUGCUCCCCAACAUCUACAAUCUUCUCCGAUCCACUGGUCUGACGCCACUGAUGCCCCUGUUUGGGAGCGGUGCAUCCAUUAACGCCUCCACUGUUCUGGAAGUUACCCUGAAGCUUGGAAGGCAAAACCAAGAACUCUUCACCUUCAAUGAAAGCGACCCCACUCUGCCAGAUCUGGAGCGGUUGAUCAUGAACUUGCUGUCCAUGGAGGGAAAUCUCACCCUUCCACUGUCUCUCAGCAUGGGACACACGCUGCUCACAUAUUCUGGGUACCUGCGCCCAGAAGAUCUGGCCAGCCUCCAGCUGGCCAUUCAACCUUACACCAACCAGACAUCAGCAGGCUUCACAGAGGCUGUGCUCUCUGCCAUGGAGCUAUUGAAUACACUGACGGAUGCGCCUGGUGGCGAUCCUACAAACAUCAUCGUGGCCUAUGUUCAACAGCUCCAGCAGUUCUUGAUUUCAGCACUCAAACUGCGUCGAAUCGAUCAAGUCUGGCUAUCAAGUGGGCAACUUAGUCCAGGUCAAGUCACCGACCUCCAGCGGGUCACAGUUGACCUCCUCAAACUGCUGUCCCCAGAGGGCCUCCAAAGUCUAGCUCAGGCCGGACCCAACGCCACCCAGCAGCUGAUCUUGCAGAAACUUCUUGCGUUCCUCCCAGUCGAGGUCCAGCUCCUUGCAACUGACCUUGUCCAGGAGGUCCAGAUGCUGGCUGGUCAGUUGUCAUUCUGUACAUCAACAGGACAGGACUGUGUGGCGAGCCUCUCUGAAAUCAUCAAAUUCUUGCAGCAAGUCGCGACGAUGUUACAAGGGACCGAAGGGAACGUCACCAUCCAGAUAGAGCCGACCAAUCCUUUCCUGCAGACUCCGUCGUCUCUACGCAUGGCCGCCGCCGUCUUUUCACUUGUCCUGCCGCAGAGAGAUGCGCAGCACUUUCGAUUGAUCAACCAGACGCUCCAUUUCAUCACAUUGCUCAUGGACACACCACAGCUAACCAUAGCCCAGGCCCAGGACGCCCUAAGAGAGUCCCACCUCACCCUGGCAGAGCUGGAAGAGGUCGCUGCUCUGCUGGGUGCUGCCAACACCAACAGCCUGCUGGUAAACAUCGUGGGCCUCGUUGACGUCCAGCAGUGUUUCGCACAGCCGCCGAGCCCGAGCUGUGCCACGGGCUUGAUCAGCAGAGUCACUGGCUUCCUCUCAUAUAUACCCGCGCUCCGCGACGAGUCCCUGAUUUUUGCCCUAAUUCCGGAACUCCUCAACAAGUCUAUUGUCAAUGCUGAAGGCGCAAUCUACUACAACGAUCCACAAGUGUCGACUGUACUGAUUUUGAACCAUACCCUCGCUAAUAUCAUGGUGGGCCUGCAUCAGCUGAAUCUGAGCUCACCUGAGCUCAUGCAAGAGAUCAGAGUUCUACAAAACCUGUUGGAACUCGCCUCCAUAUAUCCGUACAGCAUGCCUCCCUUCUCCAACAACACCAUGAUUGAUGCCCAGUAUCAGGCCCAACUGGAGAUCAUCCAGUGGUACAUUAGAAAGCUGGAGAAUAUCACAAGUAGCAGUGAAGUGUCAAGCCUUCUCUAUCCUAUAUACCGCUCAGUGGAACUAUCGGUUGCUAUGCAACUGGCGUCAACUAACUUCUCUCAGUUUGUCAGUAAUGAGGUGACAAAUCUGGUGGACAACCUUGAAUACCCUAUAGAUGGGGCAGGGGUGAACAGAAUCGGGCUGGUAAUCAUUAAGCUGGUAAGGGAGCAGAUUAAAACCAUCUUGAAUAAUAUCCAGCUUCAAAAUGACUUCGACCAGAGUCUUGGAUAUCAACCUAAGUUCAACGCCACAACCCUGAAUGCCUUAUCAUAUCAAACGGGGCUGUAUCUGGAUCUCAUAGGCAACUGGAUGAGAACACCCAACAUCACCACAGUCUUCAACAGCAUGUUAAACUGGGGAAACUCUAGCCUGAACCUAACCACCCCAGGGAACAACAUCCACCAAUUGCUGCAGUCCGUCGCAUAUUACCUCGACAAGGAGCAGUUGGCCUACUUCACAGUCGUCAGCAACUUCACCCAGGUCAUCAACAAGGCUCUGUCUGCGGCGGAGCAACCGGGCGGUCUCCAGAGCGACACGUUCUCCGAAGCCAUCGUGGCAGUGGUCGGACAGGUGAUCCAAAUCCUGGACCCGGAGAUCCCAGGUCCCCUGCAGCAAAACAUCUUGGCCGUCACAGCGGACUCCCUCCAACUGAUCGUCAACCCUGACAUGAGCUUCGCCGCAGGACGAUACCUCUCCUUGCAAAUCCUGGGAAGGGCGGAGAUGCUCGUCGAGCAAAUCCUGCCGAUUGAGGUUGUUUAUUAUGUGAUUCCUGGAAUCCAGAUCAUCACCACCUAUUUUGAGACCAUCUCUAUGAUUGAUGGACAAGACAAGUGGAAUCAGAUCAUUUUGAACGAGUUGAAGACCAUCCAAGGAUUCCUUCCCGAAAACAGCACGGCCUUCUUGGCAAUCACAGUGAACUCCCUCCAACUGAUCAUCAACCCUGACAUGAGCUUCGCCACGGCACGCAACAUCUCCUUGCAAAUCCUGAGAAGGGCGGAGAUGAUCGUCGAGCAAAUCCUGCCCAAUGAGGUUGCCUAUUACGUGAUUCAUGGAAUCCAGAUCAUCACCACCUACUUUGAGACCAUCUCUAUGAUUGAUGGACAAGAAAAGUGGAAUCAGAUCAUUUUGAACGAGUUGAAGACCAUCCGAGGAUUCCUUUCAAAAAACAGCACAGCUGAAGCCUACUUGACCACUAUCAUUGACAUAACUUACUCAUUAAUGGGGAACGAUAAAGAAAACAUUACUCUCUGGGACAGUUUUGGAAACUCAUCAUCAAUGGGAGAAUUGACAAUAGUUAUCCGUCAGAUUCAAAUGGUCCUGAACAAAGUGUGGCCUGCGUUCACGGAACACCUAGGGUUUCCCAUCAGGGUUCCCCCCAUCCUGAGCUUUGUUGACCUGGCCCCUGUUCUGGAACAAAUCGUGACUGGUACUGCAAACCCAGGCACCUGGUACAAGCUGGAGAUGAUGCUGAACACGCUGCUGUCGAUGCUCCAAGAGACGUCCCUGUGGGAUCCUGACGUGCCUUGUGUCUUGAUCAUCGAGACCAUUUUACAAACACAGGUUCAGACCAUUCAAGCUCAGAAUGAGUUGAUACAGAGCCUUAACGGACCACUCGUCACAUUGACAGCAGAACUCAUCCAGUCCAUUAACAGCAGCCAUCUCAACUGGUCUGUCAUCCAGGAGCCAUUCCUGGUCGCUAUUGAGCGCAUGGUGAUGGCUGCCGGACAGACCAAUGGGACCUUGGACUGCCUCCAGGUUCUCAUGCUGUGGGAGCCUGUGAGGGCUGCGGCUGGGCUGGAAAACGACACAGACACCCUGCGGGCAUGGUGUCACGUGAGCCUGCAGCCAGUCCUCCAGAGCUACGCUGCAGCUCAGACCCACUACGCCAACCUCAACAUCAGCAACCUCACACCAGGGGCCGCCAGUGUGACGGCGGCAGGGAUAGCCAUGUCCCUGCGUUCUUUGUACCACGCCUUCGUCAACAGCAGCCAUGUGUCGGAGCAGCUCAUCAUCGCUUUAUCCAUAGAGCUGUCUGAUCUGCAGCCCCUGAGCUCCGAGGAGCAGGCUCAGUGGUACCAGAACCUCCAGGAAAUGCAGCUGCAAGAGAGCUUGGACUCCCUCGAAGCGCUCACAGAUGAGCUGCUGACCGUGGCCCCCUUCCUCAAGACGUACGUGGAGGCCGCGGAGCGAGCCGCACAACACCUGCUCAGCAACAUGCAGCCGAUGCAGAGCGGCGACAUCUCUCCGGACAUUUUCGGAGAAACCGCGUACACUUUCCUGGACUCCCUGAACCUCACCGACCCCAUGUUACCCAUGGUCUGGGGGAACGGUACGACACUUGACGGGCCAUCUGUCUACAACCUCAUGAAGGAAGUGGUGAGCAUGAUCGUGCGGACGGAGCUGUUUGGCGACAUGCCCGACCUCUACCGAUGCAUGGAGCGCUUCGUGGCCGCCAACUCCACGCGCCAGGUGGCGGAAGAGUUGGCGGAGCUGUUGGCGUGGGCCUCCGAGACCCCGCAGGGUCCCGGGAUGGACGUGCUGCCCCGGCUCGUCUCCCUGAUGCACGCGCUCUUCAGAGCGGUCCACGAGCAGCUGGACAUGGAGCUCCCGCAGAACACCGGGUUCUUUGGAGACUUGGCGUUGGCCCUUGUCCAGGCGGUGCAGGCCCUGAUCCCCAUGGAAGACGACUACAGCGGGCCCCAAUGGGAGUCGGUGCCUUGGGGGAAUCCGGACAACGGCACCAUGUGGCUGGAACGAAACGGCGCAGCUAAAUCAAGGCGCCGUCGCGAGCUCCCCACGGAGCCCAUCAGGGAGCCCAUGGUGGACUUCAUCGAGCUGUUCUCCGUCGACUACCCGGCCCUGUUCCAGGCCGUCUCCAUCGCACCCAGCCCCGCAGAGGUCCUGGAGACGGCUCACGUGCUCUUCGCAAAUCCAGACCUGAACGUGGUGAUGAAGGGUACAGCCCAGGACUUUGUGGGGCAAGAAGACACCUCAGACACGGAGGAGGCCAUUGACUCCGUGCUGGGCGUGCUUGCCUACCUCACCAACCGGGAGGUCUAUACAUCGCCGUGGACGUAUGGAUCGACGGAGCUGCUGAUCAACAUGGCUUUCCUUCUCCCAGAGGGGCUCCCCUACUCCUGGCUCCUAAAGAACAUCACCUUGAGCCUUGCCAAGGAAUCUCCAGAGAACCUGCACCUGCUCCCAGAGAUGUAUUAUACAGUGGCUGAACUUCUCACCACCAGCCUGAUGGAUGAACAAUACCCAUACAUUCUCGAAGACUUCUCCUACCAGGUGUGUCGGCUGGAGAACAUGGAUUCCGUGCGGACCCUCUUGAGUGCCCUGAAUGUGGAGCCGGGGCAGCUGUGUGCUAUUCUGACACCAGCCGUGGAAAUACUAAUGGAGAACCUGCCGGCAAACUAUUCCAACCUGCCUGAUGUCCUCUUCGGCACCUUGGUUGGAGAGCCCAUCACGUACAAUAUUGACCGAGGCUGGACCACAGCGUUACCUGCAUAUUUUGGCUUGAACAUAAGCAGCAUCAAGGCUUUCACAGUAAACAUAACCAAACCAGAACGGGUGGCGGUAGGAGAAAUGUUCAGGGAUGAGGCUGCCUUUGUGAUGGACGUUCAGCGGUACAUGGCCUUCGACCAGCGCACCCUCCACCUUCUGCUGAACACCACCCUGCCGGACAACCUAGCCACCCUCUCCUGGUUGGUCAGCCUGCGCCACUGCAGAGACUCACCGUAUGGCCAGUCAGAGGAGCCCGAGGCCGUCAUCUACAGGGCCUUCUGCUCCAUGUCAGCCCAGCAGUGGUACACCUUCUCGCUGCUGGUGGCCCGCCAUGUCAGCAAUGAGAAGCUCAUCUACAGGCUGGUGAUGUCUGAGGAGCUGCAGAGCAUCGUGGGCUUCAUGCUUCAGAUGACCUCCGUCCUGACGGACAUGAUAGGCAGCCUGGGCCCCGUCCUCGGCCAGCUGCAGGGCUUCCUGACCUCCAUCGACGACCUCAACCUGGUCGCCGACCCCGCCUUCCGCAACAUGGUGAGAGGAUACAAAAGGGACCUAAGUAGCAGGUCGAUGCUGACCACCAUGACCAGAGCCCUGUGCAACAAUGGCAUGAUGGCCCUCUUUGGCAUCUCCAAGCUGACCAGCAUGACCGACGCAGACCCCUCCUUACCCUACACCGAGCAGAGGGAGGAGAUGAUCACCAAGUUCAAGAUACCACGCGAUGCUUCUCCGUUCUGCAUGAACCUGUACCUGGAAAUGGUGAACACUACGGGAGGGGCCAUUGCCUGGGCCUUCCUCAAGCCCAUGCUGAUGGGCCAGAUCCUGUACACCCCCGACACCCCCACCACCAGGGCCAUCAUGGAGAAGUCCAACGACACGCUGCGUGAGUUUGCCAAUCUGAAGCAGUACUCGGCAGACUGGAUCGAAUCCUCCGGCCUCCUCGUUAACUCCACCAAGGUGCUCAAGGAGACCCUGCCCAUGCUGAAGAAUUCCCUGGGCAACGCCUUUGUGAAGAAGUUCAUUGAGAUGCAGACGGACAUCAAUGUCACAGAGCUGAGGGAGACCCUCAGUGACUUCGCUAACAUGGGGGUCAUGCUGGAUAAAAACAAGCAGGCUCUCAAGCAGAUCACCGUGCUGUCCAACCUCAUGGUCAACGUCGCUUCCUGCAUCAAGUUCGACCGUUACCAAGGCUACGACUCUGCUGAGGAGAUGGACUCCGUUGCCCAGGAGCUGGCGAAAAACCGUGACCUUUACGCAAGUGUCAUCUUCAAGCUCCCCCCGGGAGACAAUCGGAAGCCGGGGAACGGCAGCGACGGCGCCGAGGCGGGCCUGCCGCGCAAAGUCAGCUACACCAUCCGCAUGCACAUGGACAACGUGAUGCGCACGGACCGCGUGCGCAGCCUCUACUACCUCAAGGACACGCACAUCGACGCGAGCCGGACCAUGCGCUACACGCGCGGCUUCAUCUACCUGCAGGAGAGCAUCGACCGCGCCAUCAUCGCCACGCACGCCGGCCACCGCGUGGCCGAGCCCGCCGUCCAGCUCCAGCCCUUCCCCUACCCGUGCUUCAUGCGGGACGAGUACCUGGAGGCUAUCUCGUUUGUCUUCCCGAUCAUGCUCAUGAUUGCCUGGGUCCUGUUUGUGGCUGACUUUGUGAAGAAGCUGGUCUACGAGAGAGAGCUGAGGCUCCAUGAGUACAUGAAGAUGAUGGGCGUCAACCCGCUCAGCCACUUCUGCGCCUGGUUCCUGGACUGUGCCGUCCACCUGCUCUUCACCAUCGUCAUCCUCACGCUGGUGCUCAAGUACGGCGGCGUGCUGCCCAACAGCGACGGCUUCCUGCUCUUCCUCUUCUUCUGCAACUACGGCCUGAGCAUCGUGGCCAUGAGCUUCCUGGUCAGCUCCUUCUUCGACAAGACCUACAUCGCCGGCAUGACGGGCAGCCUGGUCUACGUGCUCUGCUUCUUCCCCUUCAUCAUCGUCAUGGGGUUGGAGACCAAGCUCAGCCUCUCCGAGAAGAGCGCCCUGGGACUACUAGCACCUACCUGCUUCAGUUACGCCACGCAGUAUGUCACACGCUACGAAUACCAGGGAGAAGGAAUCCAAUGGAGCAACGCCUACAGUUCCCCCGUGAGCGAGGACUGCUCAUCGUUCGGCUGGAUGUGUUGGCUGCUACUGAUCGACUCGGCCAUCUACUUCCUCAUCGGGGGCUACAUUCGCAUGGUGUUCCCAGGACAGUACGGCCUCGCCGCCCCGUGGUACUUCCCCGUGUCGCGGUCCUUCUGGGCCGACCUGUGUUGCGCCUGUCGCCGGCGAGGGGCCAAGGAGCCCCGCGGCCUCUUCAUCACCAACAUCCUGCAGAGCAACCAGCCCGUCUUCCCCGAGGACAAAGAGAAAGACCGGAAGAUGUUCUCCUCGGCGACCAAUGAGGAGUUCCGGGGCCUGCCGGUGGGCGUGGCCCUCCACCGGCUCUCCAAGAUGUACGGCGAGCGCGUGGCGCUGAGUGACCUCAGCGUAUCCUUCUACGAGGGCCACGUGACCUCCCUGCUGGGGCACAACGGAGCCGGCAAGACCACCACCAUGUCCCUGCUGACCGGCCUGUUCGCCCCGUCCUCCGGCUCCAUCGAGGUUUACGGCCGGGACAUGCUGGCCAACAUUGAGGACAUCCGCAAAGAGCUGGGCGUGUGCAUGCAGUACGACGUCCUCUUUGACCACAUGACCACCAAAGAGCAUCUGCUUCUAUACGGACAGAUCAAGGCCCCCCACUGGACAGAGGGAGAACUGCGAGAGCAAGUCCGCAAGACCUUGGAGGAGACCGGCAUGCACGCCCACAGGCACAAGCGGGUGGGCACCCUGUCUGGCGGCAUGAAGCGCAAGCUGUCCAUCUCAAUCGCCUUCAUCGGGGGGUCUCGCCUGGUGGUGCUGGACGAGCCCACCACAGGGGUGGACCCCUGCUCCCGACGCAGCAUCUGGGACAUCGUAAUCCAGCAUAAGACCGGACGCACCAUCGUCAUGUCCACCCACCACCUGGACGAGGCUGAGGUGCUGAGCGACCGCAUCGCCUUCCUGCAGAGCGGAGGGCUCAAGUGCUGCGGCUCCCCCUUCCAGCUGAAGGAUCGGCUGGGCCAAGGCUACAAGCUCACCCUCACCAGGAAGGCCGCCGGCGACGGGCCCGGCCUAGACAACGCAGAGCUGAAGGCCUUCAUCCAGGCCCACGUGCCCGAGGCGCGCCUGAAGGAGGCCCAGGGCAGUGACCUGGUGUACACGCUGCCCCCCUUCACCUCCUCCAGCGCCUCCUCCUACCGAUCGCUGCUCUCGGCCCUGGACGGCAACCUGGACGCCCUGCAGCUGGGCUGCUACGGCAUCUCUGACACCACCCUGGAGGAGGUCUUCCUCAAUCUGACCCAGUCCGACCCCAACUCUGAGGCCCCACUGUCCAUCUCCGAGUCCAUGUCCGAUACGGCGUCCUUGGACAGCUUCUCGGAGGAGGCGGAUGGAAGCCGGUCCCUCCCGGGCGAUAAAAUCCGCCUGACCGGCUCCCCCACGCUGCGUGGCGCCGCCCUGGUGUGGCAGCAGGCGUGGGCCCUGCUGGUGAAGAGGUUCCACCACAGCCGGCGCGACUGGAAGGGCAUGCUCGCCCAGAUACUGCUGCCCGUGGUGUUCGUGGUGUUCGCUAUGGGCCUGGGCUCGGUCAAGAGCGACAUGGAGCACUUCCCCGAGAUGGAGCUCAGCCCCGCCCUCUACAACAUCGGACCCAGCUACUCCUUCUUCAGCAACCGCAACGCUAACUCCAGCCGCAUGGUGGAUGCCAUGCUGUCCAACCCGGGGAUAGAUAAUGCCUGUCUCGAUAAGCGUGAUAACCCGGUCUGCAGCAGAAGCACCAAGUCGGACACCUGGGAAUCGAAAGGGAACAAAUCUCAAGUCUUUAGCACCUGCAAGUGUAUCAGCCAAAACCAGGUGUGCGCUGAAAACACAUACAAGCCCCCCCAUAAGAAGUUGCCCUCCUCCCAGACGUUCUUCAACCUGACUGGCCUCAACGUUGAGCACUAUCUCAUCGCCACAACCAAUGAAUACAUCCGCAACAGAUAUGGAGGGUUUGAAAUCGGCCAGCCAAUCCCAGCUGGCCUGCAGAUGGAUCUCCGAGAGGUGCCUAAAGACCGCAGCCUGGCCAAGGUGUGGUACAACCCAGACGGCCACCACUCGAUGCCGGCAUACCUCAACAGCCUCAACAAUCUCAUCCUGCGCUCCAACCUCCCGGCAGACCAAGACAAGGAGCAAUACGCAAUCUCCGUUUCCAGUCAUCCCUACUUUGGCAGGGCAGAUGACGAGGACGCAGUUGUGCUCGGGCUGAUCCAGCUCCUGGUGGCCAUCUGCGUGAUGACGGGCUACGCCAUCACCACGUCCAGCUUCGCCAUCUACGAGGUCCAUGAGCACCACAGCGGCGCCAAGCGGAUGCAGCACAUCUCCGGGAUCGGGGAGCCCCUGUAUUGGACCGUCAACUUCCUCUACGACAUGACGCUGUACCUCAUCCCGGUGUUCCUGACCGUGGCUGUGAUUGCAGCCUUCCAAAUCCCGGCAUUCACAGACAGGCAGAAUCUGUCCGCCGUCACCCUGCUCCUGGUGCUCUUCGGGUUUUCCACCUUCCCCUGGAUGUACCUCCUCGCGGGAGUCUUCAAGGAUGCAGAGAUGGCCUUCAUCAGCUACGUGUGCAUCAACCUCUUCAUCAGCAUCAAUACCGUGUUGCCCACCUCCAUCCUCUUCUUCAUGAGUCAAAUCACAGUCACCGACACAGAGGCCAUCCAGCUGCUCUACAAGCGUCUGAGCCGGGGCCUGCUCGUCUUCCCCCAGUUCAGCUUCGGCAAUGGGCUGAUGGAGCUGGCGCGGAACAACAUGGAGGUGCAGCUGCUCAGCGGCUACGGCGUGGACGCCUACAGGGAGCCCUUCUCGGCCGCCGGCCUGGGCCCGGUGUUCCUGUCCGCCUUCCUGCAGGGCCUGGUGUUCUUCGCACUGCGGCUGCUGUUGAACAGGGGUCUCAUCCGCAAAGUCUGGCGUCUGACCAUGGGCAAGAGAGUGCUGCCCCCGGUGGCGGUCGACGGCCAGGACGGCCAGGACGGCCAGGACGGCGAGGACGAGGACGUGACGGCGGAGCACGCCCGCGUCUCCAGCGGCGAGGCCAACUCUGACCUCCUGCAAGUCUGCCGCCUCUCCAAGGUCUACCAGUACCUCAACAAGAAGGUCCACGCUGUCAACCAGGUGUCCCUGGGCAUCCCCGCCGGCGAGUGCUUUGGCCUGCUUGGCGUGAAUGGAGCCGGAAAGACCACUACCUUCAAGAUGCUGACCGGAGACGUCAGUCCCACCGACGGAACCGCGCAGAUCAAGGAUGUUGACGGGCGCAUGGUGGACAUCAUGGAGUGCCGUGACCAGGGCAUAAACAUUGGUUACUGUCCCCAAGUGGACGCCCUGGACAACCUACUCACUGGGAAGGAACACCUGUACUUCUAUGCCCGCAUCCGCGGCAUCUCCAAGCGGGAGAUUGAUGGGGUGGUGAACCACUUGUUGAGGAAGCUGGAGCUGGUGUCCCACCGGGACGCCGUCACCGAGGGCUACAGCUGUGGCACCCGUCGGAAGCUCUCCACCGCACUGGCUCUCAUCGGACAUCCGCAGAUCCUGCUCCUGGAUGAACCCAGCUCAGGCAUGGACCCCCGCACCAAACGCCACCUUUGGAAGAUCAUCUCGGAAGAGGUCAAGGGGAAAUGUGCAGUUGUCCUCACCUCUCACAGCAUGGAGGAGUGUGAGGCUCUGUGCAGCCGCCUGGCCAUCAUGGUGAAGGGUCAGUUCCGGUGCCUGGGUUCCCUGCAGCACAUUAAGAACAGGUUUGGCAGUGGGUUCACGGUGAAGAUGUACCUGGCCCUUGCCUCCUGCGAUGUGGAUGUCAUCACAAGCUUCAUGCGGCUCAACUUCCCCAGCACCUACCUCAAGGAGCAGCACUCCACCAUGGUGGAGUACCAUGUGCCCGUGGCUCCGGGUGGAGUUGCCGACAUCUUCCACCAGCUGGAGACCAACAAGAACGCUCUGCACAUCAAACACUUCUCAAUCAGCCAGACCACGCUGGAUGAGGUCUUCAUCAACUUCGCAAUGGGGAAGAUCGGCACGAUGGACACCAUCCCCGUUCACAACGAGGAGGCAGACAGCCUAGACCCCUUCGGCCUUAUGCCAGUGUAGGAGUAGGACCCCCCCCCC